AUGGCGUCCGUCAUUGACGUUCAGUUUGAGCACUACCAUGCCCCAAACACACUGGGUGUCCAAAGCUCUACGCCUAGGAUCUCAUGGAAGAUCAAUGACCCAGCAGGCUCAUUCAAGCAAGCCAGCUAUGAGAUCGAGGUCGGCGACGGCAAUGCCAACGCACAGCAACAUCUUGUCUUGGCUGUGAAACGAGCGUCGAGUCUCUCAAGCCUCGUUCCAUGGCCGUUCGACCACAAACUCCGCUCGCGGCAGAAGAUAUUCAUCCGAGUAAGGCUCUAUGAUGACAAGGAUAACAUUACUCCUUGGAGCGAACCUGCGCCUCUCGAAACUGGCCUCCUCGAGCGCAGUGAUUGGCAAUGCCAGCGUAUUGCUGCUCCUUGGGGUCCUGGAACUUCUAAACCAGACCCGGAACAGCUAUACCGAAAAGAGUUCCAGCUUUCAGGUGAAAUUGAGAAGGGCAGGCUCUACAUCACAUCUCAGGGCGUUUACGAAGCUGAGGUCAAUGGGCAACGCGUUGGCGACUACUUCCUCGCUCCCGGAUGGACUGCCUAUGACAACAGACUGCAAUACCAGACAUACGAUCUCACUUCGUUCCUUGCCGAAGGUUCAAACUGCAUCGGUGUUCGCCUUGCUGAGGGUUGGUUCUCUGGUCGGAUCGGCUUCGAGGGAGGUCAUCGAAAUAUCUGGGGCCCUCACACUGCUCUUUUGGCACAACUUGAGAUUUUCUACACCAACGGUCAUUCGGAAAUGAUCGUCUCUGAUGGUUCUUGGACUGUUACCAAGGGUCCUAUCAAGCUGGCCGAGAUUUACGACGGCGAAAAGUACGACGCCCGGGAUGAAAUCGCAUCUUGGUCGACUCCCGCGGCGGACAAGACAGCCUCCAAAUGGGAACCUGUACUGAUUAUGGAGGACCUACCUCCAGAAAUCGAGCUCACAGCUGGUUACGGAGAGCCUGUCCGGCGGGUCGAAGUGAUCAAACCGUUGGAGAAGAUCACCACACCAUCUGGAAAGACCAUCCUCGACUUUGGCCAAAACCUCGUUGGGUAUCUACGCCUUCGAGACAUCAAAGGCCCUCAGGGACACAAGAUCACACUCCGCCACGCCGAAGUACUAGAGAAUGGCGAACUUGGAACACGUCCACUCCGCAUUUGCAAAGCGACUGACGAGUAUACCUUGAAAGGCGAUGAGAGCGGCGAGUCCUACGAACCUCGAUUCACAUUUCACGGGUUCCGAUACGCCGAGAUUGAUGGAUGGGUUGGCGAUUUGAGCCUAGAAUCAGUCGAGGCUGUCGUCUGCCAUACUGAUAUGAAGCCCGUGGGUGAAUUCGAGUGUUCUGAGCCCUUGCUCAAUCAACUGUACAAGAACGUCGUCUGGGGAAUGAGAGGGAACUUUCUCUCCGUUCCCACCGAUUGCCCUCAACGCGACGAAAGACUCGGGUGGUCUGGUGACCUCGCACUCUUCGCUCCAACUGCAACUCUCAUCUACGACUGCUUUGGCAUGUUGAAGAACUGGCUGAUUGACCUUGAGCACGAUCAAAACGUGCUUGGAGGAGUACCGCCCAUGGUCAGCCCAAACUCAACUAUCCCAGAUCCUAUUUGGUGUAGGAGAGUACCUUGUGCUAUUUGGCACGAUGUCACAAUUCUUGCGCCUUGGGCUCUUUAUCAGGAGACGGGAGAUGAGAGUAUUCUUGCCCAGCAGUACAACAGUAUGACGACUUGGAUGAAAGUUCUUCCACGAACAGACCACUUGUGGGAUCCAAAGCCGUUUCAACUGGGAGACUGGCUUGACCCAGCAGCUCCUCCCGAUGCUCCAUGGAAGGGAGCGACGGACGCCAAAAUGGUGGCCAACAUGUUUCUCAUUCAAAGUCUAGACCUGAUGGUAAAGAUAUCAGCGAUCCUCGGUCACAAAGACGAUAGUGUUAAGUUCCUGGCCGAGUCCGAAGCUGCUCGGGGAGCAUUCCAAGAUGAAUACGUCACCCGCAAUGGCCGUCUAGUCUCUGACUCUCAAGCGGCGUAUGCUUUGGCAAUAUGUCUUAACAUCUUGUCUCCUGCACAGAAGAAACACGCGGCGGAUCGACUUGCGUGGCUGGUGCGAAAGAACAACUUUAAAAUCGGAACAGGCUUUGCCGGAACGCCGUAUCUCUGUGAAGCUCUUGCUUUGACGGGGCAUUUUCAAGUUGCUUAUGCAGCGUUGCUCGAGAAAGGAUGCCCCUCGUGGCUUUACCCCGUGACUAUGGGAGCGACUACUAUGUGGGAGAGGUGGGAUAGCAUGCUGCCAGAUGGUUCCAUUAACCCGGGCGAGAUGACGUCGUUUAAUCACUACGCAUUCGGCGCCAUUGCCAAGUUUCUAUACAAGAGACUUGCUGGACUACAGCGACUCGAGCCAGGAUGGAAACGAUGCCGGAUUGCUCCCACAAUUGGGGCAGAUUUUACAAGUGCCUCGGCAUCUCACAUUACUCCCCACGGCAAGAUUUCCUGCUCAUGGGAGACGUCGCUCGUUGGCGAGCCUUCAAAGGGGGAGGCUAUCAAGAUCAUGGUCGCGGUGCCCCCCAAUACUACUGCCGAGGUGGUUAUUCCAGGGAAGGACGGAGAGAGAACGGAAGUGGUGGGGGCUGGCGAGUGGGAGUUUGAGUCUGUUUUUGAAAGAGACGGCUCAUGGCCAGUCUUGGCCUUACCACCAAAGUCAUAG